AUGACAACAGUAGCAGAUGUUUCAUAUAUGGUUGCAAAUCAUGUAGGAAAAUUGUGUGAUUUGACAGAGAUUACUCCAGAAGUUGCAAGCGGACCAGACUCUUUGACUUCAAGAAAUAACAAUCAAUUAUCAUUAGUAGCAAUGAACAAUGCUUUACUAACAAUGAUUGAAUAUUUGAAAUUUAUUAAUACAACAAAUCAAAGAAUCUUUCUUGUUGUAAUCAUUGUCUUGAUUAUAGUCAAUAUUAUCAGCUAUUUUCUAAUCUAUUACUUGCAAUUCUCAAGGUUGCAAAUAAACAGAAAUCAAAUUUUGCUCACAUUGACAACUUUACCCAAAACUGUUAUUUCAUCUGUUUCUGCAAGUCUUAACAAACUCAAAGAUGGACAUGAAAGAACAUCUUCAAUGAUGGACUCAUCAGCUGAUGAAGAAACUAAUAGACAAGAAGAUAGUAUCAUUAAAUUAUUUGCAUCAGUAUCUGACGGAUCUGCAAAUACAUCAGUUGAAGUUUCAAACUUCUUGUGCUUCUUAGUUGUAAUUGUUUUAGGUUGCAUUAUGUAUUAUGUUUCAAUGAAUGCUUAUAGAAAAGGAAUGAAGAAUCUCCUUUAUAAUUCACAUCAUAUUAAUUAUUUAUAUGGUUCAGUUUCAUACAUUUAUUCCGUAAUGGCAAGCAUUUUCAAAAUUGCUUUAGCCAAAUAUGAUGAUGUUUUUGCAAACUCAAUAAUUUCUCUUGAUGAUGAAAUCCAAAAUAUUGGAGAUAGAAUUCCGUUUCUUGUCUCUUACUUUCAAAUGAUUAGAUUAGGUGGAAGUGAUGUUAGAGAAGUUCCAUUCCCUGAAAUGGAAAAGUACAUCAAUAUUGCAUCAAAUGAAUUAACAUGCACCAAUAUAACACAUCCUCCAUCUACCAUUCUUGAUAGCACACAUUGUUUAUCAGCUGCUCAACAACUAUAUGUUGCCACUACAUAUAUGAAUAAGUACUACGGAUUAAUGAAAAAAGACAAUCCAAUUUACCAUGAUCCAACAUCAACAACAUUUAUGCAAUUAUGGCAAAUUGGCCCCGUUGAACUUUAUAUUACUUUCUUUAAUCCAGCAGAAAAUGAAAUCAUUCCGAUUAUUACAAAUAAUAUUGAUACCCAAGGCACCAAACAAAUUAUUUAUUCAGUUAUUAUCGUUGUUAUUACAUUUCUUUUCUCAAUAAGAAUUAUUAUUGGUGCAAAGAAUGAGAAUGAUUUAUUGAAGUUCACUGUCAAGUUGUUCAUGAGAUGUCCUCCAACAACAGUGUUAAAUAAUAGCAGAAUUAUGGAGUUGCUCGCAGGAAAUUACAAUAGUAUGGUUGAUGAACAGUCAGACAAACACCUUUGGUUCACAAAUGAAGUUGUCAACAAGCUUAAUGAUGUUGUCAUUGUUUGUCAGGAAGAAACUGGAAAGAUCAUCACAGUCAAUUCCGCAUUCGAAGAAUUGUUCGGAAUCAAGCAAUCAGAAAUCGAGAACACAAGUGUCAAAGACUUCUUUGUUGAGUCACGAUUCAGCUGUAGUGAGAGUCUUGAUAAGAUCUUCACUAACACACUUAACGUCAUCUUCAAGAAGUCAGAUAGCGAUAAAGUCUAUCUUGAGUUUUCAUCAACAAGUGUCAGUGGUCGUAAGAUCUUCUCAGGCAGAGACCAGACACAGAACGUCAUGCACGAGAAGCUUAUUGCUGACGAGAAGAAGAAGUCCGACAGCAUGCUUGCAUCUAUCCUUCCACCAAUGCUUGUUCCACGUGUUCAAGCAGGCGAGAAGAACAUCUCAUUCAGUGUUCAAUCAGCAACAGUCCUCUUCUUAGAUGUUGUUGAGUUCACACCAUGGUGUGGCAGCCACGAUGCACAGUAUGUCAUGCGUAUGUUGAACAUCAUGUUCAAAGAGUUCGAUGCUAUCACAAAUGCACACAAGACAAUGACAAAGAUCAAGUGCAUUGGUGACUGCCACAUGGCAGCUGGUGGCAUCUUCGAUGAAGUUAACCAACCAGCCGUUCAUGCGAAAGAAGUUGUUGACUUCGGCACAUUAGUCAUCAAGAAACUUCUUGACAUCGAUGAGAGUGAGAACGAGAAACUUCGUAUCCGUGUUGGUAUCAACACCGGUGGUCAUAUUGUUGCUGGUGUUAUUGGCACAGAGAAACCAACAUUUGAAAUCCUUGGUCCAGCUAUCAACAUCGCACACGAGAUGGAGAACAAAGGUGUUCCAAUGAAAGUUCACAUUUCACGUCCAGUCUAUGAACUUAUCUAUGGUCAACAGUUCGACAUCAAAGAACGUGGUGAAAUCGACGUCAAAGGCGGCAAGAUGUUCACAUAUCUUGUCGAACCAUAA